UCGAGCGGAAGUUCCGGUGGGGGCGGCGGAGGGGGAAGAGUGUGUGUCUGUGCGGGAGAAAGAGGAGACUCGCCGAGAGGUCUCGAAGCCCCAGGGAGUAGAGGCCCCAGCCUUGGAGGCCUGCAGUGUAUGUGCGGUAACACCAUGUCUGUGCCCCUGCUCACUGAUGCUGCCACUGUGUCUGGAGCUGAGCGGGAAACGGCUGCGGUUAUUUUUUUACAUGGACUUGGAGACACAGGGCACAGCUGGGCUGACGCCCUCUCCUCCAUCCGCCUUCCUCACGUCAAGUACAUCUGUCCCCAUGCGCCUCGCAUCCCUGUGACACUCAAUAUGAAGAUGGUCAUGCCUUCCUGGUUUGACCUGAUGGGAUUGAGUCCAGACGCCCCUGAGGACGAGGCUGGCAUCAAGAAGGCAGCAGAGAACAUCAAGGCUUUGAUUGAGCACGAGAUGAAGAAUGGGAUCCCUGCCAAUCGUAUCGUCCUGGGAGGCUUUUCACAGGGCGGGGCCCUGUCCCUCUACACUGCUCUCACCUGCCCCCACCCUCUGGCUGGCAUUGUGGCUUUGAGCUGUUGGCUGCCUCUGCAUCAGGCCUUCCCCCAGGCAGCUAAUGGCAGUGCUAAGGACCUGGCCAUCCUUCAGUGUCAUGGGGAGCUGGACCCCAUGGUUCCCGUACGGUUUGGGGCCCUGACUGCCGAGAAGCUCCGGUCGGUUGUCACACCCGCCAGGGUCCAGUUCAAGACUUACCCAGGUGUCAUGCACACCUGCUGUCCUCAGGAGAUGGCAGCUGUGAAGGAGUUUCUUGAGAAGCUGCUGCCUCCUGUCUAACCAGCAUCGCUGACCCCCAGCAUAGUCCCCCAGCUCACAGGGGGACCCAGCAAGCGUGGCACCAUCUUGGAUCUGAGCCGGUCGAGCCCCUGUUCCCACCCUUCCCAACCUACUCUCUUCCCACAGGCCUCUGGGGCAGGUGGGCCUGGCCAGGUCUUCCUCAGCCACUGGCUCUCUGCAGCAGCAGGUGGUGGGCUGCUUUCUUACCCAUUUCCCUGGAGGUGGGCCCCCUGGCAGCAGUAUUGGAGGGGCUGUAGGCAGCGGGAGAAAGGGGCCCAGCCGCUGACCCACUCACUCAGGACCUCACUCACUAGCCCCGCUUUGGGCCCCCUCCUGUGACCUCAGGGUUUGGCCCAUGGGGCCCUCCCAGGCCCCACCUACCACCACCCCACCCCCAACUGAUUCUGCCCAGAUAAUCGUAUGUCUCUCCUGCCUCCACUCCAGCUGCUUCUCAGUCAUGAAUGUGUCCGUGCCCGGGCCCUCUUGCUGCUGCGGGCUGCUGCCUCUGGCAGUACUGGCGAGGGGGCCUUCCCUCAGCAGUUUUCCCAACACGGGGGCUGGGCCCUGCCUCCCCAUCACCCUCCUUCCCUGCAGGCCAGGAGCUUGCAGGGUUGGCCCGAGGCUCAAGGUCUCUCCUAGCUGCCUCACCCCACCUUGUCCCCACACUAGGGCCAAGGGGCCGUGGGGGAGGAGUUGUGUCUCGUCUUCUGUCUUCAUGUGGUUUUGGGUGUUUUUCUUGUGUGUCCUGGAUUCCGAUAAAAUUAAAGAAACUGCUUC